AUGAACUGCAUCAUUGCGAACACAACAGUCGUUCCCGUUGGUUGUGGCAGUGUGGUGACUGGCUCAACAGUUGGUUUGCCAAGCAUGGCGCAUCGCUUCUGUCCCAAUGAUUUGGGCAGGGUUGAGGCGAGCACUUGCGGCUCGAGUUUUGAAACCGAGAUUCAGACGAACGGCACCACACGUGCUUCCAAUUGCGCUGAUUGUCUGGCUGACUCCAAUGCAGAUUGUGUUGGAUUCGACUUCAGGCCCGGAGAGUGCUACGAGAUUCUGGUGGGUGGAGAUGGGGUAUCGGGAGAGUACGUUCUGUCCAUGAACUGCACCAUCGUACCAUCUGUUCCUGUUGCUUGUGGCAGUGUGGUGAAUGGCUCAGCUCUUUUGCCAGGUUUCAAGGCCAUUUUCUGUUCCACUGAAGCUGGCCGGGUCGAAGCGAGCACCUGUGGCUCCAUCUUUGAUUCUACCGAGAUUUGGGUGAAUAGUACAGUGCUUGACAGAGGAUGCGGUGAUUGUCCCUCCAAUGCAAGAUGCGUUGGGUUCAAUGUGAGGCCUGGAGAGUGCUACGAGAUUUCAGUGGGCGGAACUUUUGACCAGGACCAGAGACGCUUCCUAAACUCGGUGCUCCCCACUCGUAUGUAUGACUUGCAGGCAGAGGGGUAUGCGCUGCGCCCCCGUAUGCCUGGGGUGCAAGGUGUGAAGUCUGAGGACAUGGCUUCACUGACUCCAGAUGACAUUUCCAGAUUGGUGCAAGCAGCUAGCGAUGCAGCUCAGGCAGCCAGUGAUGCAGCCCAAGCUCUACGAGAUCAACAGCAGUCCAGGUCAAGCGUUUCGAAGUUUCAUGAGGCAUCAAAGGUUGUUAGACAGCCUGAUCCCUUUGGCUCAGAGGUCCAUGACACAGACUUGAACAACUGGCAAGAUUUUAGCACAAAUUUUCGAGCAUGGUUGUUCUACGCCAACCCCAGCUUUGAGUUAGAUUUGCACAGGAUUGAAGUCACCCAUGCUGACCAGCCCAUUGUGAACGUUACAGGUGAACCUGCUGAGACUCAGGAUCGUUGCAGUCAACUGUAUAGCGUUCUCACUGGAUUGUUGCGCGGGAAGCCACUUAGAAUGCUGAGGCAAGUUGAAGGCAGAAAUGGAUUUGAAGUUUGGCGUCAACUGGUGCAGUUGUUUCAGCCAAAGACCAAGUCUCGAGCCAUCUCUACACUUAGCGCUUUGAUGAACAUCCCUGGAUUCACUCAGAAAGACCGUACUCUGCUUGACCACAUUCUUGGAUUGGAAAGACUGCGCGCUGAUUCUUCUGGUGCCAGCACUGUUUCUAGCAUGCCGCCUUCGGCUUCUGUGCGUUUGGUGACCUGCCCUGAGCCCUUGAUUGAAGAGCUCUCUUCAGAUGCUCUGAGACCGAGCUUCAUGAUCUGA